UGCAUGUGUGUUUGUGUUUGUGUGAGCAGCCUCUUCUCUAAGAGAGGAAUGACAGAGUAUGGAGUCGGACAAGCAGCUGACGGGUACCCUGGCCCUGGCUGUCUUCACAGCUGCGCUGGGCUCACUGCAGUUUGGCUACAGCAUGGGAGUCAUCAAUGCACCCCAGAAGGUCAUUGAGAAGCAUUAUGCCCGCUCCCUAGGGCUGUGGCCAGAGGGGGACCCCGCCCUAUCAGAGAACAGCACGAGGGGCGUGGACAUGCUAGACGCGGGACAACACCCUGAAGUCAUCAUGUAUUGGUCGCUGUCUGUGGCAAUCUUUUCCGUCGGAGGCAUGGUCUCCUCCUUUCUGGUGGGGUUCGUGGGGGACCUGCGAGGAAGGGUGAAGGGCAUGCUGAUGGUCAACGUGCUGGCCAUGGCUGGGGGCUUGCUGAUGGGCCUGUGCAAAAUGUGGAAACCUCACAUCAUGGUCAUCUCAGGCCGUGCUGUCAUGGGCUUCUACUGCGGGCUGACCUCGGGGCUGGUGCCAAUGUACAUCGGGGAGAUCGCCCCCAAGGCCUACAGGGGGGCCCUGGGGACGCUCCACCAGCUGGCCAUCGUCGUUGGUAUUCUUCUAAGCCAGGUGAUAGGCCUGGACUUCCUGCUGGGCAAUGACAGCAUGUGGCCCCUGCUCCUGGGUCUGUCGGGGGCCCCGUCUAUCCUGCAGUCCCUACUGUUGCCCCUGUGUCCCGAGAGCCCCCGCUAUCUGUACAUUUGCCAGGGCAAGGUGCAGGAGGCCAGCAAGAGUCUGCGUCGGCUGAAAGGAGAGUACGAUCAAAGCGCUGACCUGGAGGAGAUGAAGAAAGAGAAGGAGGAGGGAGAGAAGGAGGACACAAUCUCCAUCCUGUCCUUGUUGCGGUCCUCAGUUUACAGACAGCAGCUCUUGGUGGCCCUCUUGAUGCAUCUGUCCCAGCAGUUCUCUGGUAUCAACGCAAUCUUUUAUUACUCGACUGACAUUUUCCACCGAGCUGGUGUUGGUUAUCCGGUGUACGCCACCAUCGGCGUUGGGGUCAUCAACACAAUCUUCACCCUGGUGUCUGUGGCGCUUGUGGACAGGGCUGGCAGGCGCACUCUGACUCUCAUAGGCCUCGGAGGGAUGUGCUGUUGUGCCGUCGCCAUGACUGUGGGUCUCAAUCUACAGAUGGACUACUCAUGGAUGAGCUACGUCUGCAUGUCGGCUGUGUUCCUCUUUGUGUCUUUCUUUGAGAUCGGGCCGGGUCCGAUUCCGUGGUUCAUCGUGGCGGAGCUGUUCAGCCAGGGGCCCCGACCGGCCGCCAUCGCUCUCGCUGGCUGCUGCAACUGGACCUGCAACUUCCUCAUCGGCAUGACCUUCCCUUACAUACAGGAAUUUCUGGGGAGUUAUGUAUUCAUCUUGUUCGCUGGGCUGCUUUUGGUCUUCACGGUUGUCACGUACCUGAAGGUCCCGGAGACAAAGGGGAAAUCCUUCAAGGAGAUCGCGGCCGUGUUUCAGAAGGGCCAUAAAAAGGUCCCCGCAAAUACUGAGAUGGAACUGGAACAACUCAAGUCCGCUACAGAUGCCUAAAGCCAGUCCUGUAUCGUAGUUCAUACUUUUAUUUUUUUUACGUUUUGGUGCGUAUUCGUUUUCACUGUGUGGGACAUUUUCUCCUAAAUUACAAAAAGACAAAUGACAUAUAUUUAUUGAUAUGUGGAGUUUUGUUUACAUUAAAUAUCAUUUUUUUUAUGAAUGGAUGAAAGAAAUAACUGAAGUGUCAACUGCAAAAAAUGCUUUCAAAAUGUUAUCAAUACAUAGAGCUACAAAUUAUAAAAAGCGUCAGACAUGUUUUUAUAAAUUUUGUAAUUAUAAAACAAAGACUAUUUUUUAUUGUGCCUUUAACUUAAACAAUUGAAACCCUAAAUCGCCUUAACAUGCACUUGAUAAUUUUCUAUAUUAAAAAACUACAAGUAGGCCUACUUUCAGAGUAUACUUAAAGGUUGGGUAUGGGAUUUGUGAAACGCCAGCAGAUUUUGAAAACACACAACUCAAAUGGUCCUACCCCCUCUCCUUCAACGCUGACUCUGACUCCACCCAUUCCAAGUACCUGGACGCGCAAUCAUGCACGAGCGCGAACACAGAUGCACGAGAGUGAGCCAGGCUAGCGUAGGGUUUUCCUUCUCUUUGCUGGUGGUGGUGGUGGUGGUGGUGAUGGUGGCGUCUUGUCUGCCAUGGAAAUGGUCUUCUACUGCUAGGUCCAAAUGUGGAUUAACUAGUUCCAGUAGCUACCGCAGGAUAACAACAAACAGGAGCUUGCUCUGGGUCACGAGCUCUGGGUCACGAGUGCUGCACGAAGGGGUCGCGCGCGGGGCGCGGGGGAGGGGGAGUGCAGUACGACCGUUUGAUUGACGUACUUACUGUCCAAUGCAACUCGGUGGCUCUGGAAAUCAUUGGCUGGAGUUUUUCGAGCCCUGCCCGUUCCACAGAUGAUUGACUUGUUUUAUUUUCAUGUCAGUACUUCUAACUCAGUGGCUGUAAGUGGGUUAUGAUAACGAUUUCAAGUAAUUUUGCAAAAAUUGCCAAAAAAGCGAAUUCCAUUCCGAAUUCCGAAAGCCAGUGAUGCAUCUUUCUUCUUGAACAUGUUACAUGAACACAAUAUUCUGAACACUGCCCGAAAUGAUUUGAUUCUUGGUUCCUGUGAUAGGAGCAGUGGUGUAUAAAGUACUCAAAAGCCAUACUUAAGUAAAAGUACAGAUACCUUACUGGAAAAUUACUUAAAAGUAAAAGUCACCUUUUAGAAUAGUACUUAAGUAAAAGUAUUAAAGUAUCUGAUCUUUACUGUACUUAAGUAUCAAAAGUACUUUUCUGAUAUUAAAUGUACUUAAGUACUGAAUGUAAAAGUACAAGUAACUGCUGUUAAUAAAAAAGCGGUGAAAGAACCUUACUAGUUUAAAAUGUUGCGCUGGUGGUAUUUAUUUUGAGGUCGGGAAGUUUCUAAUUUUUUGAUUGAGACCUGUAUGAUUUUGCUUCGAUUAUUGUUGUUUCCCCUUCGUUGUUGAUCUUUUUUGAAAACAUCCUUCCACUGCAUAUUGCAGUCCAUUUUGCCAUGAUCUGGAUGCUGUCGCGGAGUUACUCCAAAAAAAAAUCACUGACACUGACAGAUAUCGUAGCCCGACCUAUUAUCCCGCAAGCGCUGGUACACGUUACUUAAUAUUGAUUUGGGUGUCAUCCAGGAUCGCGGAUUUUCGGAAAACUUAAGUCCCUGCCCAAAAAGGGUAUUUAAAUUAGCUUUG